AUGUCUCUGAAUUCAAUGAAAAAAUAUUUUCUUCUGACUUUUUUGAUAGCAUUAUUCCAGUGCUUUGGGAUUAACUUGCAAAUAGGCAAUAGUUAUGAGUGAGCUCUUGAAAAAUCUUCCGAAAUUGUUGAAAUUACUACUUGCCCAAUAUACACAUGUAAGCCUGAAAAUGUUUCUUUCACAGAAGACACCUGCGUUCUUUGAGACGAAGCAAGCAAUUCUUAUUUCUGCAGACCCUGCACUGAUAGCUCAAAAAUGUGCACGAAUUCAUCUAAACAAAAUAGCACAUGCAGCCUUCCAAUCCCUCCUGAUAGAACAGGACAAAGCUAUCCUGGAGAAAAAUGCUACUCUUCUGACGACUGUGAUCCUACUGUAACAUUGUCAUGCACAAAAGGUGUCUGCAAAGGAUUAUCUGCAAAUAAAGCGUGCUCUUCACUCCCCCCUUUAAAUUGGAACAAAAUAUAGGUAAAAUUUACAUUUUUUUAGUAAAUUAAUCCUUGUUGGAACAAAAUUCAAUUUUAUAUAAAAAAAUUUUUAUGUAAAAAUUUUUGAUCUAAAUGUUUCUUCUUAACUAAAUUAAAAAUUUAGUUAUAUCUUGCUCUUGCUUAAAGAAGAGAGUAUAAAGAGCAUUUAAAUAAAUUUAUAAUCCUUAAUUGCUAUAAUUAGUUGAUUAAAUUUCUGAUCGGUGCCUAAGAACCAAAGAUGGAUUUCACGCGUGAAAAAUCUAGAAAUUCCACGCAGAAACCAAUUUUUGGCUCUUGAGAGCCGAUCAGAAAUAAAGUCAAAAAUAUUAUAAAUUUUUAAAAAAUAAUUUUUGUGUAAAUAUUUUUGAUACCAAUUAAUAGUGGCGUAUUAACUAAUAAUAAAAAAUAGUUAUAUCUUGCUUUUUAAAAGGAAAAAGAGUAAAUAGCAUUUAUUAAACAAAUUUAUUAAUCUAAUUCGAUAAAUUUUUGAAAUUUUUUAUAUUGAUUUUUUUAUACAAAAAUUUUCUUAGCCCCCUUUAAAAUUGGAACAAAAAAUUUUGUUCUAAUUUAAUGGGGGGAGUCAAUGUUUUCAUGCAACCCUGGGCUCAUAUGCAACUCCAAUAAAUGCCAGCCUCAAACAAAAGUUGGCUCAAAAGGAUGCUUUACAGACUAUGACUGUGAAAAUGGGGCUGGCUGCAACGUGACUGAUAAUCUAAAUUUCAAUGCAAAUUUAUGCAUAAAAUAUGGGACUGUUCAUCCUCAUGAAAUUAUUACAAGCUGCUCUAAUAAUUUUAGUUUAUUAUGCGAAUAUGCCUAUUGUGCUGAGCAUAAUGAUGUAUUUGUUUGCACAAAUCAGCUAAAAUCAGCUGGGAGCAUUCCAUUAGCGUGCACAACUAAAGGUGCUUCUUGCACAUCAACAUCUGAUGACUAUUUUGACCCUCCAUUUAGUAUUACUAAUGAAAAUAGUUGUGAAUGUGCUUUUACAGCCAGUGGAAAUGAACUAUAUUGCAAUUUAUUUUAUGGAGAUGAUCCUUACAUGACAUAUUUUAAAAAAUUAUUAGAAUGGCUUCAUUCUUCUGAUGUUAAAAAGUGCAAUGCUGGCAGAAGGCUUGAUAACUGGUGCAUCCAUUCGAAUUGGGAUAAAAAAAAUUAUGAUACUCUUACCUAUUAUCAGGUGAAUGUCAAUUAUUACCCUUUUAUACAGAAAACAGAAUCAUGUGUGCUGAACUCACUGUGUGAAGAAGGAUACUGGAUGUAUAGAGAGAAUUAUAAUAAAGAUGAUGACAAUGAUGAUAGCUCAGCAGCUUUCCUAGCUCUCUCAAUAUUAAUUAGUGAGUUAGUUUAG